AUGGGCAGCCCACCACACGUCUCUGAAGAUCAAGAACCACAUCUCCCAGCUGUCCCGGUCAUAGUUCAGGAAGUUCAACCUCACCCAAGACCUCAAUGCCCCCCAUCAUACGACUCAAUCAGCAAUCUAACCACAGUACAUGAAAAUGACACAGACAGCAUCCAAACCAGACAUCAAAUGACUGAUGGGGAUAGCAUCCAAACAGCCAACCCAGCAAAUGACUCAGACAGCGCUCGAACUGGACACCUAACAUGCGACACAGACAGCAACCACACCCUAAACCCUGUGUGUGACACAGACAGUACCCGUGGACUCCAUCCUGCUUAUGACAUUGAGCAGACAGCUCCAGAUGGAGAAGCUUCUACCGCUAAUCAUGUUGCUAAUCUUCCUGAAGAGCCUCCACCGUAUAGCCCACCAGACCCCAAAUUGGCUUAUCUUGUGUACCCACCAUCGCUCAGCCAGUACUCUAACCAGUCUGUUCUGGCAUGCCAGCUCGAUGCCAGUUCACCUGCUUUUUAUCAGCCCUCCUUCCUACCAACCUCCACCUACCCAUCCUACACUAUAUAUAUGAAUGGUGCACCACUGAGUGAAGAACAAUCACCUUUACCCAAAGACUAUCUAAUGGAGUCUCUGCUAGUCACCAUCUUCUGCUGCCUGAUGAGUGGCCUGGUCGCUCUCAUGUACUCUUUUGAAACUCGUGCAGCACUGGCCCGGGGUGACAUACAGGAGGGUGAGAGGGCCUCCCAGAAAGCCCGUUUACUGGUGAUGAUCAGUCUGAUGUUCGGCAUUUUUGUAUUUAUCUGCUGGAUCAUAUAUGGGGUCGUAACCCUCUGCAGCUAG